AUGGCUACGCGGCGAACAGCUGAUUAUGGCAGUCUUCCUACUGAACCACUGCAAGUUUAAUGGCUGUAAUUUAUCGUUUCCGAAUUUAUUAGAGCUCAUCCAACACAUUGAGGAGAUACAUAUAGACCCUGCUACUGAGGCCGUUCAAGAAAGCCAGCAACCAUCAUGCCUUCCUUUAAGUUCUGUAUUGAGGUUUUUCAGUCCAAGUGUUCCUCGUUCUACUCCACGGAAGCACCUUCUUAGCAACAGAACAUCAGUGGGUCCACCUGCUAAAAUUGCGAAACUGUCAAACCAUAAAACUGUUUCUCCUCCUCCCAUUACAACCACUACAAGUAAUGGAGGAGGAUCACUCCACCUGUCAUCGUUACUGGUUUCUUCUGCUAAGAAUAUGAUGGGUAGCUCAAGUGUUGGAGGUUCAAGUGUUGGAGGCUCCAGCGUUGGGACUCCAUCCUCCACACGAGAGAGCACUCCCGUCAGCGCAGUCAGUAAUAGUCCUCCAGUGAGUGAUUGUGAAGAAAUGCUGUUAAGUGAAAAUGAAGAUAGCAAUGAUUCGUGGACCACACAAGAUGAAAUUCCUGCAGAGCUUAUUAUAAAACUGGCAAGCAAAGGACACACUGGUGGAAAUGGUGAAGAAAAGCCUUAUGUUUGUCCUGUUGUUGGGUGUCGAAAGCGAUACAAGAAUGUAAAUGGCAUAAAGUAUCAUGCAAAAAAUUCUCAUAAAAAAGACAGCAAAGUGAGGAAACCAUACCGCUGUUACUGUGGGAAGAGCUACAUAACAAAUCAAGGAUUGAAGAAUCAUUGUCAUCAUUCCCAUAAAAAUGAGACUAUGACAGUAGUAACAACAAACACAGGAGAAGUUUUGCAAGUUCCUUCAACCCAGCUAACAUCAUCUGACAUCAUUAAUGGACCGAUAUCUCAAAAGAAUCGAACAAGCAAUGACAGUGAAGGAUCCUCACAGGUAGGUGGCACAGUAGUGACCUCUUCAAGUUCUCCUCAGGUUGCUGUAACUGGUCAGGUUAUCAAAGGAGGAUCAGCAGUGGUACAAAAGGGAUCAACAAACAUACCAAGUAUCAAUUUGUCAGGAUUAGUUGCAGCGGGUGGUGGUAAAAUUGCAUUUAAAGCAUUAUCGAAUGGACAGUUGUUAUUGUCACAACCACUGGAGGGAAAGUUAGCAUCUCUCAUUAAAGCAGAUACAGGUUUUGAAAAUUCAUCUGAUGAGAACAGAAGUAAUAUUUUGACUCUAAAACAAGAUGGAUACCAGCAACUUGAACUGAAAAAGCUGGCCUUUCCUAUAACUUCCAAAACUUCACAACAUCUUGCUGUAACAACAUCAACUCUUUCAGUGGCAGUCCCAGCAAAUUCUUUUAAUUCACUCAAAACUCCACAGAAAACUAUGGCAUCAACCUUUCUAGCACGGCCACUUAAAACUGAAAUCUCUUCAAAUUUGCCUAGUAUUACUACAGGGUUAGAGUCCCUUGAUAGCCAGUCGGAUAACAGUAAACUAAAUGGGCAAGGAGUUAUUCUGGGUGUGACCAUGGAAGAGGGAACUCUUAUUGAUGAUGGUGAUGAAACACUGUCUGAAUUAUCUGUGAUUGAUUAAAAAUGUCAAAACUGGGUAGUAAUAGCCUUAUUUACAUAGUCUCAUUUUUAGAGUUAUGUAUAGCAUUGAAACUAUGAAAAAUAAUAUUCCACUGUUAUUGGUGAAGCUUCAAGUGAUAGAAAAUAUUUUAUCAAAUAUGAUUUCGUUAUACUGCUUUUGUGUAGUUUUGUUUUUUGGAGUGGAAAUGGAGACAAUGUAUAUUUAUGUAUUAUUUGUACAUAUUCAUUGAUAUAUUUAAAAAUGUAUAUAUAUAUAUAUACUACUAUUCUUAUGCUUCAUGCAUAUACUGUACAUACAGUACCAUAUUUUGUAAGUUUAGUAUAUGCAUGUUAUUUAAAAUACUACAGUAUGUUGAAUAUGCUGUGAAGGGUGUUUUGAAGUACAUUACAAUAUGUCCAUUUAAUAUUGUCACCCGUGUAAUGUUCCUUAUGCUACAAAUUUAUUUGAUCAUCUCAACUUUACUUCACAGUCACAAAUGAUAUGUACAUUUUUGGAGUAAGUUACAGCUGUACAAGUAGAUGAUAAAUUUGCCUUUAUGAACUGUAGAUGUUAAAUAUUGUAGGUCUAUUAAAAAGGGUGCCUUGAGAUACGUGUAAAAAAAAAAAAAAAAAAAGACCUGCAUGGUGCAUAUUAUAGUAUUCAUUACUUUCUACUUUGAGCUUUAUAAAAGGAAUGACUGAGAUGUUAUAAAAGGAAUGACUCAGGAGAUGUUAUGAGAGAAUAUUAGUUGUAUACAUGUUUGUAUACAUGUUUACUGGGUGGAGUAUGUGCAUUUCUUUGUUGCAAAAAUGGUUAUUUUCUCAGUAAAAGAAUACAGUACAUGCAUUUUGUUAUAAAAAUUACAGGAUAAAACUUUUCAGUGUUUUAGGAACAAUAUAUUACCAUCCAUUUUAAAAUCUGGUUAUUUGAUAUGUACAGUAGUACUGUGUAUGUUAAUGGAUUCUAAUAUGUUGUAUGAUACUGUAUUCUAAUACUAGUAACCGAAAGAAAUGGAUGUGAAAUGAAAUGUAAAUCUUAACUUUGAGCAAAAGAUUAAGUGAAGCAGAUUCUUGUAGAAAUUAUAUCUUUUAGAUUUUUUCAAGACCAAAUGUAUUGCAAUCCACUUUAGGAUAUACAUGAUGGUUGAAAGAAAUAUGUAGUAAAUAUUUGCGUGAUUGACUGUUGGUGGAAAUUAACUUUUGUUUUCAGUGGAUAUAAUAUUGGUAUUUUAAUAAGAAAAGAAAUUUAUCUUCUGAUUGAGGCAGUAUUUGAUUCAUUGUUGAUUAAAUUGAUUAGUACAUAUAGUAUCUAUUUUUACUCUUGAAAUUUAGAAAGGUCACAAAGCUCAGACUUUUAUGUAUGUUAUUUCAGACAGACCAGAUAUAUGAUGUUUGAUAAAUCAAGUACUUUACUUUCGGUUGUUGCUCUCUUUGUUAUUCCCCGUAAAUGUAACCCUACAUCUUUGUAUGAAUUGGGUAAGGAGGGGGUUGUUGAUGGUAUAGUUGAAUUGCAGUGAAGGAGUUUAUUUAUGACUAAACAGAUCAGGCUCUAAACUGGUUUUUUGUUAUUCGGGAAAAAUCAUUUAAUGUGUACUCUUACAGUCUCCUAAAAGUUAAUCCUGAGAAAAUCUUUAUUCUUAUAUAGUAUACCAAAUACUGUAUGACUGGAAAUUGCUUCUCUCAAAGUACUAUUUGAAGUUUAUUACCGCUAUAAUUGAAUGCUAUGGGGAUUUGUAUUGGUUGAUUGGUGGGUUAUGAACCGAGUAUGAAAAAAUUACAUUUUAAACUUAAAUUUACUUAAGACUAUGUGAUUCAUACAUAUUUUUAUGUUAAAAACAAACUCCUAAAGGCUGAAAAUUAAAAAAAAAUUAUAUUUGGAGGAUAUUGACCAUGUUAAUUUUUUUAAGUACAGUAUGCAAUGUAUAUCCUCAAACAUUAGUAUAUGUCCUAGCUUACAAUAGUACUGCGUAAACCACAAGAACUCGACACCCAUUGUGUGUUUGGGUACAAUGUUUGCUUUUGCAGUAAUCUGGGUCAGCUUUAGACCAAAUUCCAUCGAAAGUAGGCUCCAAUAAAGAAAGCUGAUAUUUUGAUGGUGUUGAAACUCCCAAAAUGCAAAUACAUUAUUUUGACAGUUUCACAUGGAAAGCUAGGAAACUCCUAUAGUAUGUGCAUAUUUUGUGAUAUAAUGAUACUAACCGAUAAAGCAGAUUCCCCUCUAUCUUGCAUAUAAAAUAUUUCUAUAUGGUGAUAUUAUAUAUAUAUUUUUUGUGUUCAGUGGAUUAAAGUAAAAAACAACUGACAUAUACUGUAAACUACUGCCAUCUGCUGGAAAGUACAGGAAAUCAUAGUAGUUUAUGAACAGAUGUUAUCAGAUAACUUAUAUAAUAUAAUCUUGCUUGUAACUAAGCUUUCAAAAGAUCAGUUAAUUUAUCAUGUUUCCAGGCAUAUUUAUUAUAUGUUGGCUUUAUACCACUCUAUAUGUUGUAAUAUUAUAAUCAAACAAACUUGAAAGCAAAGGCAACCAAAAUUAGACCUAAAUCUUUAAAGAUGCAUAUGAAAAUGACCAUUUCCAAAUUUGCAAUUUAAUGUUGCAUUACAUCAACAAAACAAACAGGAGGUAAGCCUCUCUUGAAAUGUGAUGAUUUCUGCUUGUUUAGUAGGCAUUACCAAGGUGCAUAAUUUACCAAUUCUUAAAUUGUGUGAUCCUAACAGUUAAUCAAUAAGGAGUAUGAAAUUUUAUUACUAUUUGGAAAAGUAAUAAAAGGUAGAAAAGGCUGCAGACACAUGUAAAUGAGGAAGAUGGGAUUUUCGUUUUUAUCUAAUUAAACUUUGUUAAUACCUGAUGAUAUGAGUAUCAGUUAGCCUAUAUUCUGUGUUCACAAAGGCAGUGAUGUAAUAGUGUGUCCCGAACAAACAUUAUGCUAGAUAUCUAGCAACCAGAGAAAAUACUAUUUUGCAAUGACAUCCAUUAAAUAGUUUAAUAUGCACAGAGAUAUUACUUCGUGUUAUAUCUUAGGACACAGAAAGGACUGAUGUGGAAGCAUAUUUUGAGUGAAAAACAAACAUUUGGCAACAUUUUUGGUAAAAUGUUUUGACUUACUAAACCAAAGCUCCCAUGAAUUGUGUGUUUACCAGCAGGUGGCAGUUGUGAGUAGUAUAAUCCUACCUCUUAAUUCUGGCACUCUAAGUUGCACAACUCCCAUGAUCUGGGAUUUUUUUGAAUCAGUCUCCAUUGAGCUGCUAUGAGGGCAGUGCCACAUGUUGUUUCAGUUUUUGGAUUUUUCUGGAUUUUGGAAUUGAAGCACAAUGCAUUUCCAACUAAAUCAUUCUGUGAAACUAAAAACAAAAUAUAUACAGCAUACAAAAGAACCAUAAUUUGCAUGUAUACUUGUGUAUCAGCCGAUCUCGCAUAUCAUCCGAGCAUUUAAAUUUAAUCCUAAAACAUAACUUCAUCAUAAACGUCUUGUAUAGUGAGAAAUGUAUAGUUUAAGUAGAUUACUCUAGGCUAGGUUUUCUAUGCCUGCCUCAGUUUUAGAAGAUACCAUUGAUAAUGCAUAUUAUAGCCAACCCCCACUUAUUUGCGGUUCAGCAUCGUGGCUUCAGUUAUUCGUUGAUUUUUCUGUGGAAUAUGUCCACAUUAUUCGCAGAAAAUUUGCCUAUUCACGGAUUUUUUCAUACAACAGUUAGUGUAUUUUUAUAUUUCAUACAAUCGACUUACCUGUCAGAUAUAUACAUAGCUAAGACUCCGUCGUCCCAGCUAUGUAUAUAUCUGCCAGGUAAGUAUGUAUGAAACUUUAUUGUAUCAUAACAAUAUCAUUUUUCGUGACUAAAUGUUUUAGGAUGAUAGUUUAAGGUAUAUUUGGUGUUUGAACUAUUAAAACACUAUCCUCACUAUCCCUGAAAGUAUCCCUACCAUCCCUGAAAAUCAGAAACUCGGAAGCCUGGUCUGAAUUUAUUUUACUUGACUCUUGGUUGGUUAUUUAUGAACAUUCUGACAUUUUCAAGAAAUUUUUUUUAAAUACAGUAUACUGCCAUUCCAUGUAAUUACAUAAAUGUUGGGAACCUAAAAUGCCUGUAAUUCAUAAUUUUAUUAGUAGUAUAUUUGUUUCAUUUUCAUAUUCUUAUUAUGUUUAAGAUACUAAUUUUGGGUAGUCAUUUCAAGUGUAAUUUGUUUCCAGCCUUUUUAAAGUAAACCGUUGGUUUUCGAUAGAUUUUUCUAUAGACAUUGUAGAGAACAUUAUUGCUUGUUUUGAUGAUUAGUAGUAUUCUCUAAUCCAUUUUCCCCUUUUGGUAAAUGAACACUUGAAUAGAGGAAAAUCUUUCAUCAUUUUAUCUGUCUUUGGUUACUUAGAUGUAAAAUUAUUGAGAGAAACAUUUUGAAAAUAACUGAAGUGAAUUGUGUGAAUUGAUGUUUAAAAUUAAGCAUCUGGUUGUUAGCUGCUCAUUUUAUAAAUCACAUUAAAAAUUGUGUAUUCUUUGUCAUUAGUGAGUUGCAAAUGAAAGAUUAUUGUACUCUGAAGUGUAGUGAGAUGCUGCAGAGAAAGUAGUAAUGAAUAACUGUUUGGUCAUUUAUUAGCAGGCCAUAGAUUUUCCCUGUAUAUUUGGUAUUGUAUUGUUGUAAUAUAUUGUACAGUUAGUGUUUAGGGAUUAAAUCUUUUACUGUAUUGGUGUGGAACAAGCUGAAAAGAAAUUCUGCAGAAGAAUUUUGUACAGAUUGAUGUACCAAAAUUUUUAUUACUAGAAAUUUUUAUUUCCACCAACUAAAUUUCAUGUCAAGGAGGAAAGACCUUUUAAAUAUUUAAGUAGAUUCAUAAAUGCUAUUCAAGUAUUAUUGGUAUCUGACCAUUUCUUGUUUUCUAGUCUCAAAUUGUUCUGCUUGCAUUUGUUAAGAAAUGCAAAUUAGUUUGUAAGCCAUUACAGUUGUUAACUAUCAAGUUGCACUAAUUAUUCAUUGUUACUGUUCUAGUUAACAUAAUUAGGUGACAGUUUGUUGUAAGUAUUCUCCCCUGGGAGUCACAAAAAUGUACCUGGAAGUUCAGAGAUUUUCUCCAUCCACAGUAACCUUGUAAGUAAACAAACUUCACUCAUUUUUCACAUGACUGAUAUUUGCAAAAAAUUGACCAUGGUUUGUUAUUCUUUAUUGUGUCAUAAGUAGAAUUGGUUUAUUGCUACACAGAUGAACCUUGAAGUAAGGGACAAUGGGCACUUGAAAUUCUUGUAGAAUGAAAAAGUAGAAAUCACUUAUUAGGUGAUUUUGCAAUUCGUUAACUUAAUCAUUUGUGUCAUGGUUUAGUAGUGAGUAUCCUUACAGUAUUUAUUAAGAUACUGAUGUCUCUGAAGCCUUGAGCUGAAAUUAAUCUUUUGAUAAUAUUGUUCUGUCAUAACAUGUUGACUGUAAAUACCAUGUGUGGUGUCUUCAUCACUGCAGGUAUUAUUGCUGGUACCCUUUGGAUUUAAAAUAUUGCAAACCACAGAAGUAGUAUAUUCACUGUGAUAAUACCAUCCUUAUUGCCUUUAGAACUUGGCCUUCCUGUCGAGUUCAUAUGUUUCUUGACAAGGAAGAUGAAAGCACAGUAGAUUCAAGAGAAGUAUUUUUUUUCUUUCUUUCUCUACAAUACGUAAUUACAACUUCACAUCAUAUUGUACUACUUUGCUUCUAUUAAGAUUUGUUGGGUAAUUUUGAAAACUUGAUUCUUUAUCCUGUUAACACCAUUGCUUUCAAGUAGCCUUGGUGAUCCACCUUGUUUGUUCAGGAAACUAAAGAUACUUAAUUUUUAUUGUUGCAUUUUACCCAGAGUAGUUCUGUAGUUAUUGGGCAGAUUGAAGCUGUCAGAGGCAUCACGUGUUGGCUCGGUACGGUUUAGAAAAUUUUUUUCUUAAUCUUUGAAGGCUGGACAAUUUUUAAUGAACAAAAAAUGAAAUUUAUUGGAAAUAAAUCUUGUGAAGCAGCUUGUCGGAAUCUUCAACAUUUUCAUGUUAUGUAAUCAUUGAAGUUGUCACAAGUUGCAGUUAAUGAAAUAAGAUCUAAUUUAUUCAAUUAAAACAAACUAGGAGAUAGUUUAAGUAUAAUUAAUUGUUGAUAAUAAUAUAAUGGUUAGGUUGAACAAGCUAUUGUGAGUGACACAUUCCAACUUUGCUGUUAUGGAAUGAUAUUCCUGACCAGAAAUUUCAAGAAGCUCGUGCAGACUGAUUUUUAGUGUAUUUUCUGAGUUUUGUGUACCGGACAAUACAGUUAGUCAUUGUGUAAAAAAAACGUACUGUAUGUCAAUAUGAUCUUGAGAUGUUUGUAUAUGAAACCUAUGAUCAUUUUUAAUAGAGUAUGAAACAGAAAACUUAGUGUCUAAUUGUUUUUUGGUACUUCAAACCAAGACUUAGUGGGCAAUCAGAAAUUAACAAAGCAAAUGUUAUGGGGAUGUAUGAAGUCUUUCAGAUCAUCAUACUACUCUGGUUGGCUUGGUCAAUACUGAAAGAACACGUUAUUCUUCUAAUUGUAUUUUGGUACUGAAUAACAUAUGGUUCCAGUGCCAGGUUGUUAGGCAAGCCAUUCAUCAAUCAACUAAUUCACCAUCAUUUCUCAGAAGAAUGCAAUUCAGAGGGAGCUAAUGUAUUUUCUGUCUUUGAAUCAAGUUCCACCAGAAGGGACACCAUUUAACAACUGAUCACCUUGAAGGAAUGUUUAUGGUUCUUCAGGCAAUAUGUUACUAUGUAGUUAUGCAAACAUGGAAAAGUAGAGUUGUUAUUGUCUGUCUUAAGACCACCUAAAUUUUAAGACAGUCUCUUUAUCAUCCAACUGCAGCUCAAAAUUAAGUCUUUAUGUUGCCUGGCACAUUACCAGAAUAAAUAAAACCAACUACCUACAUCUUGAUCAAACCUGGCCAUUCCUGUUAGUGAUUAGUUAACAUUUUUUACACCCAUCAUUUGUAACACAAAACAGACUUAAGGAAUAACAUAUCUAAUAACUGAAAAAGUCAUACCCAUGUGUGGAUUGUGAAAUUUAUCAUACCACGAAGAGCAUUCCAUUGAAGUAAUUUUAUCUUGUAUUUGACUUUGUCACACCUUGGAUAGUUAAGAAAUGGCUUACAACCCAGUUCCUGUAUGCAGAGAAUGUAGGGCAGCAACAACCGUUAAAUAUAUCGCAUGCAAGUUUCUUAGCUGCAGCCAGCAGCUAAUAUCAAGGUUUGGAAAUAAAUUGGUUAAGGAAGUCAUCAUUGUCAGUUAGGUAAAUUUUUAAAGACCAGCAAAUACUAGAUAAAAUGUAAAUUAUAUUAAAUAAAAAAAAAUUCAAGCCAGCACUAUUGGCUUUAGAAAUUUAACCUGUUUCUCUGGUUAAACUGUUUAAUAACAAUAAUAAAUAACAAUAAUCUUAACCAGUUUGUUAGAAUACAAACCCUAAUAAGCUGUUUUGCUCUAACAGAUGACCUUAGAAUUGAUUAAACUACUGGCAUGCAGGAGGAGUGCCACCCUACUCAUGUUUACGCCAUUUUUUUUGUCUUGCUACAAAUCGGAUGAAUUUAUGACCUAAAGUGUAAUCUUGCAUUUGUUUCCUGUUUUUUGUUCUUGCUAUCCUUUUUUAUCUCCAUCAUCCUGCAUAGUAACAUGAUUGUUACCGUUGCAGUAUCCCUUUUCUUUUUAUGAGUACUUUAAUUAUUAUUUUCAUGUACUCUGUUUUUAACAUUGCUUAUAUCUGCCACUUCAUUGCCUGACAGUAUGUACGUAGUCUGGGCAUAGUACAUGUAUUUCACAUUAAUUGUCUGCUGAUUGUCUUUUUUUGUAUUUUCUGCUUGGUGUAAAAUAAGACCCAUUUUGCUUUUAUUUUUUGUUUUACUUUGAAUUUACACUUUCUUGACUUUGCAUACAGCGAUGUAUUGCUGUACUAUUUCUUAUUCAUAAUUUAAGAUUCGUAUGAGGCAUGUACGGCUUUUAUUAUGAAUAUUUUAGGAGAAAAAUAUUUUGAGGCAUUUUGUCUUGAGAAUGAAAUCCUUUGCUUUUUGCCUUUUAGUCAGAUGUUUAGCAAUCUAUUUCGUUCUAUGCAUGCACAGGUAAUUGUGCUUCAACUAUUAUGCUUUGCAUUUAUAUAUGUAGUUGACACCAUUUUUUUCCCAUGCUAGUACAGAUUUCAUCUAUGGAAAAUUCUCAGAAUAACUAGUACCAAGUUACUUUCAAAGAGUUGUCUUUCUGCUUUUGCAAUCUUCACAUAUAUGUUUUAAUCACUAAGUAAACACUUUUACAGGUUUGAUUUUCAUGCGGUUUGCAUUAUUUAGAAGCUGGUUUUAUACUUCAAUUAGAGGCCUCCCUUCCAACACUGCACAUUUAUUUUAAUUCUUAUGCUGUUUGUUUAUGGGCAGAUCUAAAAAAUGUUGUCUGUCUGUCAGUCCUGCACAUUGGAUUCAUCGGAGAGCAGAAGAAUGGUGAUCUAGGCCAAAUGAUGAGUGACAUCUUCUCUCUUUGGAUGUUAUUCCUUUGACUCCAUCUGUUGAUUACAGUAGUUGAGACUUAUCUGCUUUCUCUGUCACGUAAAGCAUGUGUAAAAUAAAGGUUUGUAUGCUAGGAAAUGGUAAUUUUACUACAUCUUUAAACACAGAGAUAACUUCUUAAAUGGGAAGCAAACUUCUUAAAUGGGAAGCAAUCAUAGUAAGUUAAUUGAAGACACAUAUCUUGGCUUUCAGAACUAUAUUACAGUGACUCAUUGGCUAUGUAUUGAUAAUUCAUGGGUUUGUUUUGCUGCAGGCAUUAAAACUUAAAAAAAAAAAAUUACAGUUUAUCUCUUGAAUUCAGAGACCGUAAUAGAAGUUAUGAGAUCUUAUGUUUGUUCAUUGACAUUCCUUAAACUGUAGAUUGUAUACUGUGCAUUUAUUCUGUAACAGGAGUCUUUAAUUUGGUAGAAUUCAGAGUUCUCCCAUGAAAAAUAAAGGAAUAUAAAAAAACCCAGUUAAUGAUUAUAGUGAAUGAGGGUGUCAUACGUUUCGAACUGCACCCAUAAUUCUUAGCUGAUGUAUGCAUGAUUAGAUGGAUGCCCUUUGUUCCCAUCUGAUGGGCACUUUAGAAAUUUUAAAGCCACAGGCAGCUUUUGAUUUAUCCUCAAUUACUUUAUACUGUAAUACUUUUUAUUACGUAUUAGCAUGGCGGUUUUGAAAAACAUGCAUUUGUAUCUUGCUUUAGUAUGUUAUUGUACCAUGUACAUAAUUAUGUUGUAUAAAACCACCGUAAAAAAAAAUUUUCUGUCCUUUUUUGUAAAGUUGAAAGAUUAUAAAUAGCAAGUUCCAUGUUUUUUGUUAACGAUUAUUUCAUUAUAUGGGAUGUGUAUUGUUACUGUCGUAUAGUAUUUAUUAUUUUCACUACAUGGAUAUAAUUUGUAUGAGGCAUUAUACUCAAAUCUAGUCAAGUUUGUUCAUUAAUGGCUUUAAUUCUUGUAUUUUCAUUAAGUACAUUUGUAAACAUUAAGCCUUAUGUAAAUAAAAAGUUAUGUCAUA